GCAACAUGGCGUCGGCCGAAUGUGUUCGCAAAAGAAGGGCUCGAGAAGAAGAAAAGGAGGAAGAGAAGGAAGAAGAGGAGAAGGAGGUGGCUGAAAAACAUGAAGGGGCUGAGGAGGAAGGAGACAAAGACCAAGAGCGUUGGGUUGGGCCCCUACCUGGGGAGGCUGUGCAGGCGAAAAAGAGAAGAGUUCUUGAGUUUGAACGUGUCUACCUUGAUAAUCUUCCCAGUGCUUCAAUGUAUGAGCGUAGUUAUAUGCACAGAGACGUCAUCACUCAUGUAGUAUGUUCUAAAACAGAUUUCAUAAUAACAGCCAGCCAUGAUGGACAUGUUAAAUUCUGGAAGAAGGUAGAAGAAGGAAUUGAAUUUGUUAAACAUUUUCGUAGCCAUUUAGGUGUUAUCGAAGGCAUUGCAACUAGCUCAGAAGGAGCGCUGUUUUGCUCUGUUGGGGAUGAUAAAGCAAUGAAAGUUUUUGAUGUGGUGAACUUUGACAUGAUCAACAUGUUGAAACUUGGCUAUCAUCCGGGCCAGUGUGAAUGGGUCUACUGCCCAGGAGAUGCUAUCUCUUCAGUUGCAGCCUCUGAGAAGAGUACUGGAAAAAUAUUUAUAUAUGAUGGUCGAGGCAAUAACCAGCCACUUCAUGUUUUUGAUAAACUACAUACAUCCCCUCUUACUCAGAUACAACUGAAUUCUGUUUUUAAAAUCAUAGUAUCUUCUGACAAGUCUGGAAUGAUUGAAUAUUGGACUGGUCCUUCUCAUGAAUAUAAAUUUCCUAAAAAUGUGAACUGGGAGUAUAAAACAGACACCGAUUUAUAUGAAUUUGCUAAAUGUAAAGCCUAUCUAACCAGUAUGAGUUUUUCCCCUGAUGGCAAAAAAAUGGCUACUAUUGGCUCUGACAGAAAAGUCCGGAUUUUCAGAUUCUUAACAGGGAAACUUAUGCGAAUCUUUGAUGAAUCUUUGAGUAUGUUUACUGAGCUACAGCAGAUGAGACAGCAACUACCUGAUAUGGAAUUUGGACGACGUAUGGCUGUGGAGAGGGAAUUGGAAAAGGUGGAUGCUGUAAGGUUAAUUAACAUUAUUUUUGAUGAAACUGGACAUUUUGUGCUCUAUGGGACAAUGUUAGGAAUUAAAGUUAUCAACGUGGAAACAAAUCGAUGUGUGAGAAUCCUAGGUAAACAGGAGAAUAUCAGAGUUAUGCAACUGGCUCUGUUCCAGGGAGUGGCAAAGAAACAUCGUGCUGCUGUUACCGUUGAAAUGAAAGCAUCUGACAAUCCAGUUCUCCAGAACAUCCAAGCAGAUCCAACAAUAAUCUGUACUGCCUUUAAAAAGAAUAGAUUUUAUGUGUUUACUAAACGUGAACCAGAAGAUACCAAGAGUGCAGAUUCUGAUAGAGACGUGUUCAAUGAGAAACCAUCUAAAGAAGAAGUCAUGGCAGCCACUCAAGCUGAAGGGCCCAAAAGAGUUUCUGACAGUGCCAUUAUCCAUACAAGCAUGGGAGACAUUCAUGUGAAGCUGUUUCCUGUUGAAUGCCCCAAAACAGUAGAAAACUUCUGUGUACACAGUAGGAAUGGUUACUAUAAUGGCCAUACCUUUCACCGGAUCAUAAAGGGUUUUAUGAUUCAGACUGGUGAUCCUACUGGCACUGGCAUGGGAGGUGAAAGCAUCUGGGGUGGAGAAUUUGAAGAUGAGUUCCACGCAACUUUACGACAUGAUAGGCCAUAUACUCUUAGUAUGGCCAAUGCAGGACCAAACACCAAUGGCUCACAAUUCUUUGUAACAGUAGUACCAACACCAUGGCUGGAUAAUAAGCACAGCGUAUUUGGAAGAGUAACUAAAGGAAUGGAAGUUGUUCAGAGAAUUUCAAAUGUGAAAGUUAAUCCCAAAACAGAUAAACCCUACGAAGAUGUAAGCAUUAUUAAUAUCACUGUGAAAUAAUAGUAAUAUUAAUUUAAAAAACACCUCAGGGACUUCAGCUAUAUGGAAAUCUAAGUAUUUCUGGUAUAAAACAGAACAAAUUUCAGUCAUCUCUUCAAAAUGCUCUGAAAAAUAUUUUUUAUGUUUUUAAUAAAGAUAAAAAACCAACCAUAUUAAAAUGAUCAUAUUUUGUUUCC